AUGAAGGGGUUAAAGCUGCUCCUAAGCUGUAGACAUGCGCAGAGCGGGUACUACCCUCACGGGGGUGACACCUCCCCCCUGGAGAGUACCCACCAAAAGGAGGAAAAAAUUAACUUCAAUUUGAUCAUCAAAAUAGAUAUCAAGAGGGAGUCCCUAAGAGGGAUGUGCACUCUAACGCAUAGUGUAGACAGGAACAAGAAAAUUCUAGUGCUGGUGGAUGAGGAUCACCAGGCUCUAAAGAAGGCUGGGGCAGAUUAUGUGGGGUUAGAAUACAUUAACAGAAUAAAGAACGGGUGGCUAGACUUCCACAUGUGUCUCUCCAAUUUUAAAAACAUUAAUAAGAUCCUCCCAAUCGCCAAAAUAUUAGGGCCUAAAAAGCUCAUGCCAAAUGUGAAAUCUAAUACGUUGGUUCAUAACCUGGUGGAUGCCAUCCUGAGCAUUAAAAGUGGGAACCGGGUUGAGUACCGUAGUGAACAGAUAGAUGCAGAGACGUUUGACUUAUUCCAUCAGAUUUACCAUUUUAAAAACGUCCACUUAGGGUCAGUGGCCACCCUAAAUGUAAGUAUUGCAUCUACCGAGAUGAACCCACAUGACACGCUCGAAAAUAUGAAGUGCUUUGUUACGGAAAUUUUAAAGUGCAACGUUCACUCGAGUCACACGGAGAAGGAUGCUAAGCCCGCCUUCACCUGGCCACCCGUCACUUGCAAGAGGAAGAGGAAUAAGAUGCGGCACUUGCAGGGGGGUGGGGGUGGUAGUCCCCUCCUCUUCACUGGUGGGGGGCAGCCCUCCGAGUCCUUCCUCCUGGGGGCCUACGUCACUGUGCCCGGCCUGCCGAAGAUAUUUCUGCAUCCCCACCUGCUGCUCCCCCACUCGGAGGGCUACUCCGUUUAG